AUGUCUGGACCAGAUUUUAAAGUUUCAUCAACACAAGCACGUGAAUUAGAAGAAAAAUAUUCAGCUCAUAAUUAUCAUCCAUUACCUGUUGUAUUUACAAAAGCAAAAGGUGCACAUGUUUGGGAUCCAGAAGGUAAAGAAUAUUUAGAUUUUUUAUCUGCAUAUUCAGCAGUAAAUCAAGGUCAUUGUCAUCCAAAAAUUAUUGAAGCAUUAGUAGAUCAAGCUCAAAAUUUAACAUUAUGUUCAAGAGCAUUUUCAUCUGAUAUUUUUGGAGUUUAUGCAAAAUAUAUAACUGAUUUUUUCAAUUAUGAAAUGGUAUUACCAAUGAAUACUGGUGCAGAAGCUGUUGAAACUGGAUUAAAAUUAGCAAGAAGAUGGGGUUAUGUCAAAAAGGGAAUUCCUCAAAAUGAAGCUAUUAUAUUAUCAGCAGUUAAUAAUUUUCAUGGUAGAACUUUAGGAGUUAUUUCAAUGUCAACAGAUGAAGAUGCAACAACAAAUUUUGGACCAUAUUUACAAAAUGUUGGACCACAAAUUCCUGGAGAACCAAAAGGUUCAUUAAUAAGAUAUGGAGAAAUUGAAGAUAUUGAAAAAGCUUUUAAAAAUGCUGGUGAUAAAAUUGCUGCAAUUUUAUUAGAACCAAUUCAAGGUGAAGCAGGUAUUGUUGUACCACCAGCAGAUUAUUUACCAAAAGUUUCAGAAUUAUGUAAAAAAUAUAAUGUUUUAUUAAUUUGUGAUGAAAUUCAAACUGGUAUUGCAAGAACUGGUAAAAUGUUAUGUUAUGAACAUUCACCAAAUGUUAAACCUGAUAUUAUUUUAUUAGGUAAAGCUAUAUCUGGUGGUGUAUUACCAGUUAGUGCAGUAUUAUCAUCAAAAGAAAUUAUGUUAACAUUAGAACCAGGAUCUCAUGGUUCAACUUAUGGAGGUAAUCCAUUAGCUUGUAGAGUUGCAAUUGCAGCAUUACAAGUUAUAAAAGAUGAAAAUUUAGUUGAAAGAUCAGAAAAAUUAGGUGAAUUAUUAAGAUCAAAAUUAGAAGAAUUAAAAUCUCAAAGUAAUGGAAUGAUAAGUGAAGUUAGAGGUAAAGGUUUAUUAUCAGCUAUAGUUAUAGAUGAAUCGAAAACAAAUGGUAGAACUGCAUGGGAUUUAUGUUUAUUGAUGAAAAAUCAUGGAGUAUUAGCAAAACCAACUCAUGAUAAUAUUAUUAGAUUAGCUCCUCCUUUAGUUAUAAGUGAAGAAGAUUUAUUAAAAGGUGUCGAUUCUAUAAAACAAUCCUUGAAAGAAUUACCAAAUGUUGAAAAAACUGCUCAUUAA